AUGGAUCCGACCAUCGGUUGGUACCAACCGGAGCAAUACGGCCCCGCCAAGGAUCUGUGGUUGCACAUCUGGGAGGCCGAGAAGGGCCUUGACGUACUGACCCUGCGUAACGACCCCGCAAACACGAUGGGCGUGCGGCUGCAGCAAGACUUUCUUGCGCUGGAUACGACGAGCUCGACGGCAACCGGCACUGGCGGUACUGGAACGGGCACCAAUAACACGCCGUCGUCCGCCCCAGGCUUCGGAAGCGGCAUCGGCAUCGGUAUGGGCAACGGCAAUGCCAAUGUGGGCGGCAACGGCAGCAACGGCCGCUCUGUCCCCACCGCCGCAAGCAACGGCGAGCAUCGUGUGCCUCAUAAUGCUUGUUGCAACAGUUACUAUAACCCAUCGCGCAGGAAAAGCGACAAUCGAGCUAGCACCUACGGCAUGAAUUACAAUUACGACGCCCUAGUGGGCGAAUAUGGUGGCUGUCCUUGGCGGAUGUCGAAUAAGCAUUAUUCCAAAGGUGUGAUCGGAUUACAUGAAGAGAUAGAAGAUUUCUUUACAUACAUGUGUCCAUCAUACGAGGAACAUGUUUUAAGAUUGCGAGUUGUAAAAAAAAUAGAAAAUGUAAUUUAUGAUCUUUGGCCAGACUCUAAAGUUGAGAUGUUUGGCAGUUUUCGCACUGGUUUAUAUUUGCCUACAAGUGACGUAGAUUUGGUAGUGAUAGGAAUGUGGAGAAAUCUUCCAUUACGUACUUUGGAACGUGCUUUACUAGAUCAAAAUAUUGCUGAGCCAUCUUCUAUUAAAGUGUUGGAUAAGGCCAGCGUGCCGAUCGUCAAACUAACUGACAAAGAGAGUGAGGUUAAAGUGGAUAUCAGUUUCAAUAUGAGCAAUGGCGUCAAAUCUGCGGAAUUAAUAAAUUCUUUCAAGAAGCAAUACCCAGUACUCGAGAAACUAGUCAUGGUGUUGAAGCAAUUCCUACUGCAGAGAGAUCUUAACGAAGUGUUUACCGGCGGUAUAUCGUCGUACAGUUUAAUACUCAUGACCAUUAGUUUUUUACAACUACAUCCGAGGCAAAAUGCUUACUGUUCAAAUGCUAACCUAGGAGUAUUGCUAAUCGAAUUUCUAGAGCUAUAUGGUAGAAAGUUUAAUUAUGUUAAGACUGGCAUACGUGUGAAGGACGGCGGUACUUACAUAUCCAAAGAAGAGGUACAGCGAGACAUGAUAGAUGGUCAUCGCCCAUCCCUCUUGUGCAUAGAAGAUCCACUCACACCCGGCAACGAUAUCGGUCGCAGUAGUUAUGGUGCUUUAUAUGUAAAAGAUGCAUUUGAUUGGGCCUAUUUCGUCCUUUCUCAAGCAGUCAGUCCUUUAAAUAUUUUAGUCAAUGACGCCAGUAAAAUAAGCAUACUGGGAAGAAUAAUUCGUGUGACCGACGAAGUGAUAGAUUACCGUAGAUGGAUUAAAGAAACAUUCCUACUACCUUUAAGCGAAGGAGACUCUCUAUCAAGCUCAACUGGUUCUGACGCAUCCACUCUUUCAGCACCCGCCAGUGAUACGGACUCUGAAUGUAGCCGUGGCAAUUCUCCGAAUACUGGCGGUAAAAACGACAACGACAAAAACAAAGAUAGGCUCUUUUAUAAUAAUCAACAAAUCCAUCAUUAUCCGGGAAGGAAAGCGUUCAAGGCAACCAUCUAUGCAAAUCACCAACAGAGCUUCAAAGGUAUUCAUCAUCGCAUCAAUAACAAUAUAACCGGUCAAAAUAAGACCAAGCAUGCACACAGUAACGGAAACAACAAUAACAACAAUAACAACAAUACUAGUCACAGUCCAAGCUCUAGGCAAAACACAGUGAAGAGGAAGAAACAAUGUACGAUGCAGCGUGGGACCGGAGAUUGUGUACGGUGAUGAAACGUGCGCGAUAAUUUCGGACAUUACUUCCGUCACUUAAGUAGCGAGCUCAAUAUCAUAACUGUGUGAUAGAAAGACAGCGAUUAUCGUCGGUCAUAUAACAACUGAAUUAUUCUACGCGACUCUUCUUUUAUUUUCAACUCUAUGUACAGUAUGGGCACAAUGUCCACGAUUCUAAGAGGGAGAAAGGAAGAAAGAGUAAGAGAGCUUAUGGUUUGUGGAAAUGUUACGAUUCUUGCGCAGACAAGAAUGCCCAAAUAGUAACUAUAUAUAUAUGAUUUCUUUUUUUUUCAAUUUGCCAGAAUUAUAUAUUUUGCUCUGUACGAACGUUUACAUACCAAAGAAAGACGUACAGAAUUUUUGAUCGCAAAUCGAGAUAGGAUCUCCGUUUAUACUUCACUUUUAUUGCACAGGCUAUAAUAUAAACGGUACCCAGAAACAAGUAUAAUAACAUUCUUCAACAUUAUCAUUUACGAAGUCAGACAAUUCUUAUUGCCAUCUUCGAAUAGCAAUUGUGUUCACAGCCAUAAUUAAACGUAUUGUAAUACAUUUAUAUAAUACAAAUGGUACACAUCUACAUUUAUACAUAUGCGCGCACAACACACACGCACACGUACACAUUCAUACACAGAAACGUACAUACACCGAUAUUAGUUGCGGUACAUUUUUCUCGGGAACUUCACACAAAACUGUGAAACACGCUGAGAUAGUGACAACAAAAACUUAGUUUUCUAUAUGAAACUAUAUUCUUAUAACGAGGGGGUGUGUGACAGCGAAUUCGGUGAUAUUGGGACUUACCUAUUGUAAAUAUUGUAAUAUACAUCAUCAAACAUAGAACAAUAAGUCGAAGAGUUACCUACAAAAUCUUUUUUUUGUAAUUAUCUAAAAUAGUGUUUGUUACAGUGAUUUUAUCAUACAAAUUCGCGGAUAAAGCCAUAUCUAUAAGAGUGAAUACUGUUUCUUUUCUAUAUUAUUCUUUUCUCUAUCAAACGUAUAUUCAGUAUCGUUGUUGAAAGAUUUUGGUAUGUUUUUUCAGAUUUUAAUAAAAUUGCAGAUUCAUGUGCUGGUGAUUAAAAAAAGCAAAAAAAAAUAAUAAAAUUUUGAUUAAAAAUUUUUUUAAAAACUCUAGCUUAUUUUAUACUGACAGAGAGUGAUGACACGCUUCGAAUCUUGGCAGUCUGUUUCGUAGCAACAACUUUCUUGCAAAUUAGCUAUCUCUUUUGUAUAGAAAUGUUAAUUUCUUAAUGUUAGUUUGUAAUUCUUAUCCGAUAUUUCCUGAACAAUGAUAUAUUAUUUUUAUAUCAGAUAAUUAAAAAGUACACAUUUAUAUUAUAUGAAAGGAAAAAAAAAGAGAAUGAGGAAUCUGAUAUUUAUGAAUCUUACAUUGCAUUUGAUGAAACUUAUGUAUAUGACAAUACGUGAAAAGGCCUUGACAUUACUUAAAAGCUCCGUAUGUUACGUUUUGUCGAUCAUGGUAGGUGUAGUUCAUUGUCGAAUAUUACAUUCCGUUGACGCAAUAACUAAUGAAAACGAAAGAGCGAAAGAAAAGAGAAUAGAGCGUUUACUGCAACAAAUUUCUAACUAUGAUGUCAGAUUACAAUUCUUUCUGGUGCAGCUGCAUUUUUGUGUUCAACAAUUUUUAAUGUGCGAUGUAAAGAUUACCCUUGUAAAAAUUUUAGUUUAGCCACGGGAUUUGAAGAAGUGUAGUUUUUGAUUGAGUCAUUUUAAAUUAUAUAACACUCUUAUAUCCAGUAUUCCGUGUAUUGUUUAACUUAAAACUCUUUCGUAAUGUAAUAUUGUAUGCUGUGAUUGAAUUUAAUAAUUAAAUUGUCAAUUGCUUAAGAAGAUAUAUAUAAAUAUAUAUAAAUAUAUAAUUUAAAUGUUACACUGUAAAAAGAGCAUUAUAAAAAGCCAUACUACAUUUUUAAAACUAUGUAACUAUUAUCAUCGCGCUUAGUGAUCCUCAGCAAAUAACGUGUUUUUUAUAAAUAUCAGAAUUUCGUAAUCAUUGAGAGUUUGAUAAGGAAACUUCGUAAUCACUCAUAUUUAUCGAAUUUCCCGAUUUAUUGGAAUUUCUGUAAAAAAAAGGAAAAAAAAGAAAAAAAAAAAGAGUUUAAUAAAUAUGAAUGAUGCCGA